CCUCCCCCCCAAAUCGCUUCAGGCGGACUGUCAGAAGAAAAGUUCAGGAAGACGACUGGCUCGGUAUUCAAGUCAUCUCUUUACAGCUGUCAUGCAGGAAUUGAAAAAUUGAUAGUUACAGGCAUGGAAAAUCAAGUGGACGCCUCGGUAGUGCCAGGACAACACUGACGAGGCACUCCGAUUGCCAAUUUAUGGACUUUUUAGUCGGCGAUUACAUCUAGUGUAGCCGGCAAAAGUAGCCUAGCUCACGCUAACGCUAGCUGUGUUCUCUCCAAACUUUGGUGAACUUAACUCAUCUCCUAACUAACUUGUGUUUACGUUACACUCUGUUGCCGGUGAGGCGACUGAAGCGGUGUCCUGUAUGUAUAUAUAUAUUUUAAAUAUGUUGGAAUGCUUCUUCUGUGCAGUUCCCCACGACGAUCUGCAGUACUUUGAAUUUCCCUCCUUCUGGAAGACAGGCAGGCAGGCGGCUUAGCAAGGAGUUCGCUCGGUGAUUUUGGCUCGGGACCAGAUCAUUAGCAACUCUGUGCUAAUUGUGGCUAGUCAGCCGAUUCGCCAACCCAGGCCCAACCAACGAGAUUAUUAUCAUUAUUAUGACUUGGCCUCUAUUGUCCAGGUAGCUCGCCCGAUCAGUCAUUUGCUUUAAGUGAGUGUCUCCACGCUGAGACUGUUUUGACUCCCAGUUGAAGGAAAAGGAUUAACUUCACAACUAUGGAUCCAUCCACGGGAUACGCCGCCUCUGCUCCUGGUCCCAAGAAAGACAAGAAGUCAAAGAAGAGCUACGAAGAUGGAGAGGGCAAAAAGAAAUUUAAACUGAAACGUCUGAUUCCAGAUGAGUUGGAACGCUUCACCAGCAUGAGGAUGAAGAAGGACAAGGAGAAGCUGAGCCAUGUACCAGGUCAUCGUCAUUCUGCAGCUGCCAACUAUGAAAUCCACGCUCCCAGCGCCAUGCUGCAUGACCACCCGGAUGAAUAUGUCCUGGAACUUUUUGAACAGAUGCUGGUGGACAUGAACCUGAAUGAGGAGAAGCAGCAACCUCUCAGGGAAAAAAGCAUUGCAAUUAAACGUGAAAUGGUCUCCCAGUACCUCCACACCUCUAAAGCGGGCCAAGACCAGAAAGAAAGCUCCAAGUCAGCCAUGAUGUAUAUACAGGAGUUGAGGUCAGACUACCGGGACUCACAGUUGCUGAGUUGUCUGGAAUCUCUGCGGGUCUCGCUCAAUAAUAACCCUGUCAGUUGGGUGCAGAAUUUUGGAAAUGAAGGCCUGGCGCUUCUAUUAAAUCUGCUCAGAAGACUGCAAGAGGAGAAGGACGAUAACUCAUCGAUGGGAGUGAAAUGUCAACAUGAGAUCAUACGCUGUCUCAAAGCCUUCAUGAACAAUAAGUACGGUUUAAAAUCCAUGCUGGAGACAGACGAGGGCAUUCCUCUCCUGGUCAGAGCCAUUAAUCCCAGUUUGCCUCAUAUGAUGGUGGAUGCUGUCAAGCUGCUCUCUGCCAUCUCCAUAUUGGAACACUCUGAUAAUCUUCACGAGCGUGUUCUCGAGGCCAUCACAGAGGAGGCAGAGAAACAGGACAUUGAGAGAUUCCAGCUUCUUUUGGCUGGCAUGAACAGUUCCAGCAUUGCCCUGAAGGGUGGAUGCAUGCAGCUAAUCAAUGCACUGAUCAGUCGAGGAGAGGAGUUGGACUUUAGGAUCCAUAUUCGCUCUGAACUUCUAAGAUUAGGACUCAGAGACUGUCUAAAGGAGGUGCGAACUAUAGAAAAUGAAGAGCUGAAGGUCCAACUGACAGUCUUUGAUGAGCAGGCCGAAGACGACUCAGAGGACCUUAAAGCACGCCUCGAUGACAUCCGCAUUGAGAUGGAUGAUGUGAGGGAAGUGUUUGACAUUUUGGUCAACACAGUGAAGGACUCCAAAGCUGAAAGCAACUUCCUGUCCCUGAUGCAGCACCUCCUGCUGAUCCGCAAUGAUUAUUUGGCCAGGCCCCAGUACUACAAGUUAAUAGACGAGUGCAUUGCUCAGAUCGUGCUUCACAGGAAUGGAGCAGACCCAGACUUUAAGUGCCGCAAUAUCCGGCUCAACAUUGAAACCUUAAUUGACAACAUGGUCGACCAAACCAAAGUGGAAACCAGUGAGGCCAAAGCUAUUGAGCUCGAGAAAAAGCUGGAUGCAGAGCUGACCGCACGCCACGAGUUGCAAGUGGAGAUGAAGAAACUCGAGGGUGACUAUGAACAGAAGCUGCAAGAGCUGAGUCAAGAAAAGGAACAAUUGGCGUCUUCCAAGGAUGAGCGCGAAAAGGAGAACCAGGGUCUGCAGCUACAGCUAAGCACUCUGCAGCAGCAGAUUGAAUCACUCUCCAAAGAUCUACAAGAGGCGAAGAACAAAGUUGUCACAGUUACAGUUCCUGUGCCAAUGCCUGGUGUGCCACCUGCACCACCUGUCCCUGGCCAGAUAGGGGGUAUGCCUCCGCUACCUCCUGCCCCACCCUUGCCAGGCCAUGGAAUCAUGUCGCCACCUCCACCUCCUCUACCGGGACAAAUCGGCAUGCCUCCGCCUCCCUUACCAGGCAUGCCAGGCCCUCCACCACCGCCACCCUUACCAGGCAUGCCAGGCCCCCCUCCACCACCACCCUUACCAGGCAUGCCAGGUCCCCCACCAGCCCCACCCUUACCUGGCAUGCCGGGUCCCCCGCCAGCCCCACCCUUACCAGGCAUGCCGGGUCCUCCGCCAGCCCCACCCUUACCAGGCAUGCCGGGUCCUCCGCCAGCCCCACCCUUACCAGGCAUGCCAGGACCACCGCCACCCCCACCCUUACCAGGCAUGCCAGGACCACCAGGACCGCCACCUCCUCCACCCUUGCCCGGGAUGGGACCUCCGCCACCACCUCCGCCACCAGGUGGUCCUGGUAUCCCUCCACCACCUCCAGGUCCUGGCAUGCCUCCACCUCCACCGUUUGCCAUGGGAGCCUGGGGAGCCCCUGCACCAGUUCAACUGCCAUUUGGCCUUCAGCCUAAGAAGGACUACAAGCCUGAAGUGCAACUGAAGAGAGCCAACUGGAGCAAGAUUGGACCCGAAGACCUUACUGAGAAUAGCUUUUGGACCAGUGCCAAAGAGGAGAAAUAUGAAAACAAUGAGCUCUUUGCCAAACUCACCUUGGCCUUCUCAUCACAGACUAAGACUACUAAAGGCCAAGACAGCCGCAUAUUCCAGAUGAUGUCCAAUAACCUUUUCUGA